AUGGUCAAAUGCGCGUUUGAACAUGAAUAUUAUAAGGACGACAAAUACUUCCGUUUUCGCGAAGAGAGCUUCCAUGGCGGAAAGAAAACAUUCGACCCGUGCGAAGAGGUCCAAAGGCUCGGCGACACAUGUCAACAAUGCAAAGACAAUUUGAUAAAUGCAGCAAAUUUCUCCCAUGGCCUCCAUAGCGAAGUAUACAAGUAUUUCAACGAGGACUUUCAGGUCAGAGCGGACACACAGUGCAUAUUUCGCAAUGACAACUUCGAAAGGCGCCCAGGCGAACCGGUCGAAAGGACACAGCCAUGCCAAAAUACAGCGAAGUUCAGGGAUGAAGGCGGCAUCUGCAAAAAUUGCCGGGAUCACACCCAUCCGGAUGUUUUAGAGAAGAUCGUAACCGAACAAUUGAAAGCCGACCGCGAGAGAAAUGGGCACAAACCAAUCAGCAAAAACACGUUUGAUUAUGUCAAGAAAUUCGAAGAAUAUUUGAGCAAAGAUCUCCUCAAGAAGGCACAACACGUUUUUCAGUUGAGGAAGGAAAACUUUUGUAAAGAUGUACCAGAUGCCAAAUCUCUCUGCCCGACCCAAGAUAAAACUUAUUUUCAACAGAGCUGGAGGCACUCUCUCUCGCAGGCCAGGUUUAGGAAUUGGGAUAACUCUAACGACCCUGCACCCUUGAAGACAGUACAUGCCGACAACAACACAAUGGGCGUCGCCUCCGAACUAGGUGGCACCUGGGCAGCUGCUAUGUCCUGCUGGAAUUCUCACAUGAGCAUCCAGUCAUCACUGAUACAUAAUCUGGGUUAG